CUUUUGACCGGCCAACUUCCCCAUCAUCACACGCCACAACUUUUAUUGUUGCACCCCCUUCGUCGUCGCCAACCGCUAGGAUGACCACCGCUCACCGUCCGACGUUCGAUCCGGCUCGAGGCAAGGAAGCCCUCCGUGGCCCGGCCUAUCACCAACGCCUGCUGCCGGCGCAUACCCAGCUCAAGUUUCGUCAGUCCGGCCAGGGCGGCGACGCCGACGACGAGGCCCAUGACCUCCGCGCCGAGCUCCUCGCCGCCGAGGCUGCCCACUACGCCAAGAAGAACGGUGGCGCGCCUCCCCCCUCCGCAGAGAACGACACCGACGUGCCCGCCGGCGGCGUGAAGCGUGCCCUCGAAUCCGGGUCACAAGCGGACGGCGAAGACUUUGAAGCAAAGCGAAGGAGGAUAUUGGAAGAGUCGCGAGACGUCGACGCGUCUUCGGACGAUGAGGAAGAGGAGGAGGUCGACGAGGACGAUAGCGAUGAGGACAGCGACGACGAGGAGGCGGAGCUGCAGCGCGAGAUGGAGAAGAUCCGGCGCGAGAGGGCGGAAAAGAGGGAGCGAGAGGAGCGGGAGAGGGCCAAGAUCGAAGAGGAGGCCAGGGAGAGGGACAUCGCGUUGGGGAACCCGCUGCUGAACAAGCCCGACUUCAACAUGAAGCGGCGGUGGGACGACGACGUCGUGUUCAAAAACCAGGCGAGGGGCACGGAGGAUAAGGGCAAGAGCAAGGAGUUUAUCAACGAUCUCCUGCGCUCCGACUUCCACAAACGAUUCAUGAGCAAGUAUGUUAGAUAGAUACCCACCACCGACUACUGGUGGACAAGUUACUUUAUUUUGUCUGUGAUUGGUUUUCCUUGAAAGCUGUUUGAUGUUCUUUCCACGACAAAGAUUGGGGCUUGCGACAAUAGACCUGCAUC